CAAGCCGUAGCAAACCUUCUCUGUCUGUCUAGGGUUUAUAUCUUCGUCUUCCUGUUUCGGACUCGUCUCUUCUUCGUGGUAACGUUCCCUGAGACUGCACUGAAAAAAUGGUGGGAUUUGAAAUCGGUCCUGUCCCGUUCAACCCAGACGGAUGGGGACCUCCGGAUUCGAUCGUCGCCGGCUCGAUUUCCGUUCCCAAUCAACCAUCAAACGUGCCAUUUGCGCCAUUCUCUCGCUCGGAAAAGCUUGGUAGGAUCGCCGAUUGGACUCGGAAUCUGGGAAACGCAUCCCGUGGAUCGAACAAGCAGAAUCAGGCAGACUCGGCUUUCGAUUUUUCCACAGACGAGUCCUUCGGAAACCUAGCCGGUGACGAUGAAUCGUCAUUCCGCCUUGUGGAUACUGCCGCCAAGUCUCACCACCAAGGCCAACACCGUCCCAAAUUCAAUCCUCGGUGGCGCUUCAAUCCCCAUCACCAGCGGUCUCAGCUCCCUCAACGCCGUGAUGAGGAGGUGGAGGCUCGUAAGCGUGAUGCUGAGAAGGAACGGGCUCGCCGUGACAAGCUGUACAAUUUUAAUCGCUCUGGCAUGAACGCAGGUCAGCGCCGCGAGUCUUCAGUGUUCAAAUCCUCUGUGGAUAUCCAGCCUGAAUGGAAUAUGCUUGACCAGAUCCCGUUCUCCAGCUUCUCCAAGCUCUCCUUUACGGUCCCAGAACCUGAAGAUUUGCUUAUCUGUGGUAGCUUGGAGUUCUAUGAUAGGGCUUUUGAUCGUAUUACUCCAAGGAAUGAACGUCGUCUGGAACGAUUCAAGAAUCGCAAUUUCUUUAAGGUAACUACUACAGAUGAUCCUGUCAUCCGCCGCUUAGCUAAUGAGGAUAAAGCCACUGUCUUUGCUACAGAUACUAUUUUAUCCACAUUAAUGUGUGCUCCUAGAUCCGUUUAUUCGUGGGAUAUAGUGGUAGAGAAGGUUGGAAACAAACUGUUCUUUGACAAACGGGAUGGAUCUCAGCUGGACUUGCUCUCUGUGCAUGAAACAUCUCAGGAGCCCUUGCCUGAUGUUAAGGAGGAUAUAAAUUCAGCUCACUCAUUGAGUGUUGAAGCAGCAUAUAUAAACCAGAAUUUCUCACAGCAGCUUCUGGUUAGGGAUGGGAACAAGCUCACCUUUGAAGAGCCCAACCCGUUUGCUACUGAGGGUGAGGAAGUAGCAUCUGUGGCUUACAGGUAUAGAAGAUGGAAGUUGGAUGACGAUAUGUAUCUGGUUGCCCGAUGUGAGGUCCAGAGUGUGGUGGAAGUUAACAACAACAGGUCUUUCUUGACACUGAAUGCUCUGAAUGAGUUUGAUUCAAAGUAUACCGGGGUUGACUGGAGACAGAAGCUGGAGACUCAGAGGGGUGCAGUUUUAGCCAAUGAAUUGAAGAACAAUGCCAAUAAGUUAGCCAAAUGGACCGCUCAGGCGCUCUUGGCUAGUGCUGAUAUGAUGAAACUUGGAUAUGUUUCUCGUGUUCAUCCUAGAGAUCACUUUAACCAUGUCAUAUUGGCUGUGGUAGGGUAUAAGCCGAAAGACUUUGCAAUGCAAAUUAAUUUGAACACAUCUAAUAUGUGGGGGAUAGUGAAGAGUAUUGUGGACUUAUUUAUGAAGUUGAGUGACGGGAAAUAUGUGCUUGUUAAGGACCCUGCUAAGCCACAAGUGAGGAUUUAUGAUGUUCCUCCUGAUGCAUUUGAGAAUGAGUAUGUCGAGGAGCCUUUACCAGAGGAGGAACAGGUUCAGCCACCUGCUGAGGAUGAAGCAGAAACCGGUGAUGCAAAUGGUGUUGCAAAUGAUGUAGAGGAAAAGGAAGUCAGCACCGAAGCUGCAUAAGGUGUUAUAGGCUCUUCCAGUUUGCUGAGUAAAACCCACUGGCAAUGUGCCACUGAAUAUGCAGCAGAUAAAGGGAGAAUAACAGGCUGCUUGCCAGGAAGGUUUCAAUCACCUCUUUAGAUUUCUGCACAUUUUCCUUUUUUCAAAAAACUUGAAUUUCAUAACUUUUUUUUUUUUUCCUUUCAUGGGUCCUGGGAAGCAGACUAUGUUUGGGUUUUGAGGGGAGGGAUGGUUUUAAGAGCCUUUUUGUUGCUUACAUAUGAACUUCAUGGAGGGAGUCUUUGUACCAAUUCAUUUAUGGUUGAUUUAAGGCAGGACUCUUUCUUUUCUGUUUCCAUAUGUGACACAUAUUGACAUGGAUGAAGCCCAUAUAUUUAUCAUUCGG